AUGUUCUUGAAGGUGGUGUUACAGGAAAUAUGGAGAACGUCCGUCGGAUGGGAUGAUCCUAUAGAAGAAAAACAGUUUGGAAUGUGGAUGCAGUGGCUAAAGGUACUUCCUGAAGUGGCGACGGUAGAAAUCCCACGUUGCUAUAGGACCGCUACAUCAAUUGAUAGUACCAACGAAGUGCAAAUGCACAUCUUUGUCGACGCUAGUGAGAAAGGGUUCGCUGCAGUGGUAUAUCUGCGAUUCAAGCAAGGAGACAUCAUUGAAACGGCGCUGGUAGGAUCAAAGACACGUGUUGCACCUAUCAAGUUCCAAGCCAGCGUAAUCGGAGUAAGGUUGGCGAACAGCAUAGCGCAAUCGCUGUCCGUCAAGAUUAACAGGCGCUUCUUUUGGACCGAUUCAAGCGACGUCAUCAGCUGGCUCAAAUCCGAUCAUCGCAGAUAUAGCCCGUUUGUCGCUUUCCGAGUGAGCGAGAUGCUGGAAGCUUCGGAUGUCAGCGAAUGGCAGUGGAUUCAAACGAAUAAUAAUGUCGCUGACGAUGGAACAAAGUGGAAACGAGUACCUGAUAUGAGAAAAACAAGUCGAUGGUUCCACGGCCCGGAAUUUCUCAAAACUUCAGAAGUAGAAUGGCCUGUGAAGAUACACGUCGAUAACGCUACCUCGGAGGAAUUACGUCCACAUUUAUUGCUGCACAUCAAAUUUCCAGAGCCAAUCAUCGAUCCUCAAAAUUUCUCCAAAUGGACUUCGCUUCUACGUCGAUGCGCAUACGUUUUUCGAUUCAUCGGGAAUGUAAAGACAUCUAGCUCUGAAGAAAGAACUGUUGGAGCAUUGACAGCUGGUGAGCUAGUAAAGGCUGAAAACUACUUGUACCGGCUGGCCCAAGGUAGUUCGUACGCAGAUGAGCUAGCAAUACUAUCGAACACAAGAGCGUCCAAAGAUUCUACCUUGACGAUACCGAAGAAUAGUUCAAUCUAUUAUCUCUGUCCGUUCCUGGACCAACAUGGCGUACUCCGGGUGCGUGGUCGAACCUCGGCGUGUCCCGGUGUGAAUCCGGAUGCAGUGAAUCCAAUCAUCCUUCCACGAAAUAAUCACAUCACGCGUCUCAUCAUAUCCCACUACCACAACAAAUAUCAUCAUCAAAACCACAAUACCGUGGUUAACGAGUUGCGCCAACGAUACAGCAUUUCUCGACUGAAGCCUGCCUACAAUGAGAUUCGUCGAUGCUGUCAGCAGUGCAAAAACGAUCGUGCACAACCACUACCACCAGCUAUGGGCGACUUGCCAUUACCUCGCCUGGCCGCCUACGCUCGACAGUUCACGUAUAUGGGGGUGGACUACUUUGGACCAAUUAUGAUUACCGUUGGACGUCGUCAGGAGAAGCGUUGGGUACUUCUCGCCACAUGUCUAACCACUCGCGCCAUCCACUUGCAAAUCAUACACAAUAUGACUACCGAUUCCUGCAUUCUGGGACUGAGAAACGUAAUGGCAAGGAGAGGGGUACCUGCUGUAAUCUUUAGCGACCGGGGUACAAACUUCGUGGGAGCUAGCAGAGAGCUAGAAAAUGCCAUGCAGAACUUGGAUCAAGAGCUUCUUGCAGAAGAGUUCACUACCUCACACACCUCUUGGAGCUUCAUUCCCCCGGCCUCGCCCCAUAUGGGUGGAUCGUGGGAGCGGCUAGUACGCAGUGUUAAGGCUAACCUUGCGAACCUGAAACCGAAUAGGACGUUGUCCUAUGAAGUGCUGGAAAACAUGCUAGCAGAGGUCGAGAAUAUCAUCAAUUCUCGUCCACUAACCAGCAUUCCGCUGGACGAUGACCAGUCCCCAGUGCUGACUCCCAACCAUUUUUUGCUGGGAUCAAGCAACGGAUUAAGACCUUGGUUGCGUUUGACGACAGCUCGAAGGCGCUCAAGUACGGUUGGGAGCUAUCUCAAACCUUAA